AUGAAUACGUACACUAUCUCAUUGUUGUAUAUUAUAGUACCCCUUUUUACACUGUCACUCACAAGUAAUAACGCUGUUUCCCCGGAAAAGCCCAAACAGAAGGCGGAUAAGGAAACCGAUGUUAGCAAGAAAAAAGUAUCAGUUAGUGAAGUCAAUUUUGACAGCAAUGUGGAAGAUAUUGUUUGGUGUGGACAUGAUCAUAUGAUCGUGCUACUGAAAACUCUGAAGGGAAGAAUUUAUCGCUCGGCAGACUCGGGUAAACAGUGGUACGAAAUAACAAGCAAUAUAAAAAAUAAACUACAAAAUCCGAAGGAUCAGGACACUUUUGCGGUAGAGAAUUUGAUCGUAAAUGAACUUGACAAGAAUAUUGUGAUUGUCAUUGGCAAUGGAAAUCACCACUUUAUCUCACACAAUACCGGCCUGGAUUUCCACUCUUUGAACUUCCCUCACGUGAUAAACACUUGGCUAUUCCAUCCCACUAAGGGUAGCUGGGCAUUGGUAUCCACUUGGACUCCUGCAUGCUACGAUAACAAUUCAACUGAAGACUGUGUACACGAUUUGUACUACACCAAAAACCUGGGCAGAUCGUUUGAGUUGGUCAAAAGGUACGUCUCCCAGUUUAGUUGGGGUGACAAAUCGAUUCAUCAGGAGGAUAUUGUGUAUAUGACUACUUUUAGCCAGGAAUCGGGGUCUCAGCCAAGAUUUGAGGGAUGGAGCUCAAACGUAGACUUUAUUUAUACUAAUAACUUUGGUAAAACUUUCAUCAAGCUUAUACCUGGGGGUAACAAAUUUUUGGUGUCAAAUGGAUACAUAUUUGUCGCCACAACGGAUGACGUACUCAAGCAGACAGUUAAGUUAUAUGUAUCAAGGAAUGGUGGUUCUACAUUUGAGCUUGCCAAAUUACCAGUAGAUUUGGAGGAAAAGUCGUAUACAAUAAUUGAUACAUCUGAGGGUGCUGUGGUGAUCCAUGUAAAUCAUUCCUCGUCUGAUUCAAACAUUGGCAAUGUAUACAUUUCAGAUGCAGAUGGGAUCAAUUACACACUUUCACUACCCAAUAACGUGAGAUCUUCCUCUGGUGAAUGCGAAUUUGACAGAAUAUUUUCUGUUGAAGGAGUCUACAUUGCCAACUUCAAAGAUACUUCUGAAUAUAUGCCAAACCCGUUCAACAAAUUCCAAUAUAAAAUGCCAAAUCAAAUGGGUAAAGAAAAUGAUAGGGGUAAGAAGUCUAAGGGAAAGAGUGAAGAUGUGGUUAGGACGGUAAUUUCGUUCAACAAAGGUGGCUCUUGGAACUAUAUAAAAGCACCUAAGGUUGAUUCCCUUGGUAAUAAGUAUGACUGUGAAAAGGACAAAUGCUAUCUUCAUCUUCAUGGAAUUACCCAUUUUCAUCAAUAUGCCCCUUUUUAUUCGAUCGAAAAUGCAGUAGGGUUGGUUAUGGGCACUGGUAACGUUGGAGAUCAUCUACGCUAUGAAUCGAAUGAGGUUAACACUUUCUUUAGUAGUGAUGGAGGGUUAACUUGGAUUGAAGCACAUAAAGGCGCUUUUAUUUACGAGUUUGGGGAUCACGGGGGUCUAAUUGUUAUGGCAGAUGAUCAGAGAAAGGUUAAUCAGGUCGUGUUUAGUUGGGAUCAGGGUCACUCUUGGUUUGAUUUUGAAUUGGGCAAAUUUGGCUUGGAUGUUGAUAAUAUUGUUAUUGAACCCAAUUCAUCAGUGACAGAGUUCCUUUUAUAUGGCACCAGAAACGGCAUAGGCAUACUGUAUCACUUGGACUUUAGUACCCUAGGACAGCCAAUUUGCCAUGGUAUAUGGUCGGUUAACUCUGAAUCUUCAGAUUAUGAAACUUGGUCUCCUUCAGAUGGGACUAGUAAUAAUUGCCUAUUGGGGAAACAAAUAACCUAUACCAGGCGAAAACCCACAUCUGCAUGCUUCAACGGGAAGGACUUCAAGGUAUCAUCCGAAAGAAAGAUUUGUAAAUGUACUAGAGAGGACUUUGAAUGCAAUUAUGGAUUUACUAGGAAAAUUGGAAGUUUGGAAUGUGAACCGGAUCCAGAGAUUAUGAUAUAUAAAGGUUGCACCAGUUCAGGAAUAUUUUUUGCUGAUGCCUAUCGUAAAGUGCCAGGGGAUGUUUGUGAAGGAGGAUGGACUCCAUCAAAAAUUCCAGUUCCUUGUCCUGCUCAUUCUCCCUUUACACUUGGAAGCAAACUUAUUAUCACAUUCAUGAUUUUCCUGAUUAUUGCUAUGUUGGUGGCAACUUACCUUUCAAAUUCAAUGGAGUUUAGGCACAUUUUUAGGAAUUUUGGAUUUGAUUCUUUCCAAAACGUACAAUAUGCGCCAUUGGGGAAGAAGGGACAUUCCAAAAACUCCAAAUUUGAGCCAGAGUUAGGGUUUAUUGAUGCUGAACAGGAUGAGGAAGAUGCACCUGCGCUGAUGGAUUAUAUGGGUUCGGAAUUCGAAUCAACUUCACUGCAACACACAAAUUCCACACUUAACAGAUCGCACGACCGUGGGGAUUUCAGGAGGUCGCAACAAAUCAAAAGAAAUCAUGAGCCCCUGGAGCUCCUAUAA